GUCCGCGAGCAGAUCCGCUUCUCCGCUGAGCUGCGGAACGAGGUCGGCACCACCAGGCGGAGGUUGAACAACAUUACCGAGGAUGUGCUCAACGUCAUGCAGCUCCUGCAGGUGCAGGGCAGCAUCGUCGGCGGCGUGCGCAAGAGAGGCAUCAGCGGCGGCCAGCGGAAGAGGGUCAACGUCGGCCUCGAGCUGGCCUCGCAGCCGACGGUGCUCUUCCUGGACGAGCCCACCAGCGGCCUCGACUCCACCAGCUCGCUCGCGGUGGUUCUCUCUCUCAAGAAGAUGUGCCAGCUGGGCAUGACCAGCAUCAUGGUCAUCCACCAGCCGCGCUACUCGCUCUUCACGCUUUUCAGCGACGUGCUCCUGCUGGGCAAGGGCGGCCGCACGGUAUACCUCGGCCCCUCGACGGGAGCCAAGGUGUAUUUCGAGGGCCACGGCUUUGGGAUGCCGACCGAUGAGAACCCCGCAGAUUGGUUCAUGGAUGUGAUCUGUGGCGAAGUUCCCAACAAGAAUGUUCCAGACUUCAAGCCCCCGAUGCUGUUCGACAUGUGGAAGAAGAGCGCGCGGAAAGUGGGAAGGAGCGUCACCCCUGGCGGGAGCGAGUCGAGCCCGGCCACCUGGCGGCAGAACCAGGAGCGGCAGAUGGACGACUCGGACGACCGCCAGGUGCUCGAGGAGGCCCUGACCGUGGAGUGGGAGAACGUGGACACCAGCCACGAAGGGGUCUUACACAGCGAGCAGUUGAAGCUCCUGCUGGCGACGUGUGCUCGGCAUAUCCCGCCGGACGACGUCGUGAAGGAGCGAAAGGUCGCUGGACAGCGUGAGCUCCGCGAGCGAGACCGACUCGGAUUUCGACAGCGAUUGCGACGACGACGCCAUGCUGGACGGCUCCCCCAGAAAGGC